AUGAAAUUUAAUGUAAAAUAUUAAAUAGAUUUUAGAACACAUUUUAUGGAUUCUUGUUUAAAUCCAAUACUAAGAUGAAUGGCCAAUGCAUAUAUCAUUGAGAAAUAUUUUUUUCAUUCACAAGAAAGUAUAGAAAAGUUAGUAGGAAAAAAAGAGGUUUUUCUAGACUUAUUUGAAUUUAAGGAAAAUAAUGUGUCCUAAUAAUAGGCUGAUUAUGUCAGACUCAAUAUCAAACCCAGCAUCAUAGGUGUAAUUGGGUUGACAGAGAAUGGAAGGGAGAGUUUCCAAUGAGGCUAGGUGAUGUGACUUAGUCCUUGUAGAGUAAAUCACGCAAAUUUAAAAUUCAUAAAACUAGAAAAUACUAAUUUUCGGAUAUUUAGAAAUAUUUCUUAAAAAAUAUAUCAAUUAUAAUUCAAAAAAACUUUCAAAAAUAGUGAUAAUAUUUUAAGUUGAUCAUAGAGAUGUAAUACAAUAUAAGGAAAUUAUUCAGAAUUUUCUUUAAAGAAUACAAUUUUUUAUGAAUUUUAUAUUAAGAAAUAAAAAUAAAAUAUGUUUCAAAUUCACAAAAAAAGGAAAUAAGGGUGCGGACGUCAAGAUGACGUUAGUGCACGACAAAUGUAAAUCGGGUGGAAAUAGAGUUCUGCUCAGUGAUUCUCAUGUAAAUGAUUAUAGAUGAUUUAAUGGAUCAAAUUAAGAUCUGUAAAAGUUGAAAGAAUCGUGAUUAAAUGAAGUAUAAUUUGGUAAAUUUAAAUCACACAAAUUAUUACUAAAUGAAGCAAAAAUUAAGUUGAAAGUAGGAAAAUAGAGUUUCGACGUCGCAGUGACAAUGCGUCAACGAUGUACUGAAAUCCUAAGCAUUCGGGAGGAUCGUCGUGUAGUGUCCACAACCUCAAAGGCUCUCCUUGGACUAGGACGACGUGGGCAAUCUCUAUAUCUCUUUGCAAAGUCUAGAGAUCAAUGAAAUGGAUCGACAAAUCGUUUCUAGCGGUUGUCACCCGACGGAGUAGAAAAUGACAACUUUGCGGCUCUUUGGUGACUGUCACUCGAUGGAGAGGAGUUGGAUGAAGGUGGGGUACGUGUCAAAGAGCUUCAUCCUUAGGUUUGCGUAGCAAGAGGAGGCUCUUCAUUGCAUCUGAUAUGCUCUCAAGAGGUGGCGACUCGUCUCCUAGCAUAUCAUCCUCUUCCCGACGAUGGCUUAUUCGUUGAUCAAUCGAAGAUGAUUUACUCAAUAGAUUCGCGAUCUUUUUAUCAUGAAUUGUUUAGCAAUUUUAGUAACAAUGCUCCAUGAAUCUUGUUGAUGAGAUUUUCACUGAUGAUCCAAUGAUUCUAGUGGCUUAAUCUAUCACCGGUGAUUUGUAGGAAAGUCACAAUAAUCAGAUAAAAAUACAAGUUUUAGUUUUGGGAGGAUUCAAACUCACACCGGUUGCUCGCCUACAUGAGAGAGAUUAAAAUAAGUACUCUAAUGCCCUUAUUAAGUAACAUCAUCAUAGUAUAUCUCUCUUAUAAAUAAGGGCUAUUUAAGGUAUUAAAAUCUUUGAAGCCUUUUAAGAGAAGGUGUGAUGGGGGCUUUGUCCCACAUCGCUUGUGCAUCAAAGUUUCUAACAAAUAUAGAGUAAUAUUACAUUUUCAAGUAAUGAGUCCCUUUCUCCUGCAUGGCCAGCGGGUCCCCCCCAUUUUGUUAUAUUUCUAUUUUUAUUUCUUUUUUUUUAUUUAUCUCAAAAAAAAUUUAAAAAUCAUAUAAAUUCAUAAAAAAUCACAUAAUUAACCAAAAAUUCACAUUAAUCAACUGAAAACCGUUUUUCACACUUUAACACAAAUAUAAGUCUAUUUAUCAUGAGUUAAGACUAAAACUAUAUUAUUUACUAAUUAUUAACUCCUGAUAAUGAAGACUUAUCACUAAGGCAAGAGAAGGGAAGAACCUGACAGCAAAAUGGAGUGGUGUCAUGAGGUUGAGCUUGAUGGUGACAAUGUUUGAGUUUUCCCUCUAGGUAAUAGGUGGCAAUGUGCAAAGUGGCAUGAUCUGGAGAUUCCACCGCCAUGAUCCUUUCUGCUGCCAUCUCAAACCUUUAUAGGUGACAGAUAGAGGGGUGCGAAUGCUAUAUAUUAUGAUUUUUAUCACUUUUCUUAACUAUCUAUGAUUUAAUUCAGCACACAUUUUUCCUCUCUAGAUCUAUAAGUGAGAAAGGAUUGAAAUAAGACUCUAUUUUAGUAAUUUACCACUUUCUUGAUUGUUUGGAAGUUUUUUCCUAUUUGAAUUACUUCCUGAUUUUUCUUCAUACUCUGAGUGACAUGCACAAAAGUGCUAGAUUUAAUUCCUUCUACAUCUUCUCCUCCUAUGUUCACAUUUUGUGAUUUCUACAAACUUGGCUGAUGUGAUACUCAUCUUUAUUCUCUUCUCCCAACAGUGAGUCUCCUCUCCUUCUCUCUUCCGUGAUGAUGAAAUAUCUCCUCUCCUCCUUUCUCAUAUUAGUGAAACUCUCCCUUUGUCCUCUUUUUGAGGUUGACUUUCACUUCUCUCUCUCUCCUUAUUUGACCCCUUUGCUUGUGUCCAAUUUCUUUGUGUCAUGUUUUCUCUAUUUUCCAUAUCUUCUAUUUUUUACCCCUUUAUAUAGGAACUAUGUUGAUCCUCACUGUGGCACUCUAAGGACGCCAUAGGGAAGGACUCUACCCCUAGGUCUUCAAUGCACCUAUGGACUAUUGGAGAUGUUGAGUUGAUGACAAUGCUCCCAUACUGAAUUAAUGAAGAAUUCCUUCCCUUUUCUCUCAUUUCAUUAGAUUCAGGCUUAUAACAAAAUUUGACACUUGUAUUGACAAUCAUCCUUGUGAUGAUGAUUUCAAUCCACUAUAAUUUUUAUGUGAUUUUGAAAUUCAGUUUUGUGAAUUUUCUUGUGUGUUUUAUAAGCAAUGAUUAAGACCUAUCAAAAGGUUAUUUGGAAGCCUUUAAAUAAGAGAGAUAUUUAGGUAUCCAAUAAUUUUCUUUGCUAAUGUAGCUUAUUAAAUAAAGUGGAUUUCUAUCAAUCAUGUCAUCACGAUAAUGUACAAUGUUUCUCAAUAGGUGAAUUGGAAACACACCUAGAUUUGGAAGAAUUCCAUGAAGGAUAUUUUACAAAAGAAGAUAGCAUUUUAUAUUGGAGCAUGAAUUGAAUAAUCUUUUGAUGAUUGCAAACACAUCAAAUCAAUCAAUUGAUCUAAUAAUAGUAGUUCUCAUUAUGCAUGAUAUUUAGUUAAAUACUAUUUUAUGUGUAAGUAUGAAGAUAAUUUAAUAAAUUCAGGAAGGAUCCUAAGUAAUAAUGUUAAAUAUAAUAAUAUAAAUUUAGGACUGUAUUUGGACCUUAUCUAAUGUUGAAUUUUGUAUUUUUGUGGAUUUUACUACUAAAAGCUAUUACUUUGUGUAAUUAUGUGAGGAUUACUUCUAUUUAUAGAAGCUUCCACUAAUUGAAAGAAAUGGUUUAAACCUCAUAAUCAUUAAGAACUAUUAAAUUGAAAUAUGGUAUGAAAGCUUAGUAUGUCUACUAGAUUUUCAUAAUGUGAAAGAAUUAUUUAUAAUUAUUCCUUACAUUAAAUAAACUAAUCUAAUUUAAAUUACUUGUUAGUUGAUUAAUAUUUUCUCAAUACUCAUGGGUAUUAACUCGAAAAUGAUUUUAAAAUAUCUUAUAUGACUAAAUUUAUAAAAUAUUUAAUAUUGAGAUCACAUUUAUAUUAACCUAAUUGAGAUUCAGAAUUUAUCUAAGAGGAUUUGGAAAAGUUUUGAAUAAGAAGUUAAUAAAUCUCUAUUUUCAUAAGUUAAUGGCUAGUUUAAUGAUAUGUUAUAUGCAUUAACUCAUGAUAAAUAAAAUUAUAUUUCUCUAAAAUUGAGAAAAAUGUUUUUUACAUGGCUAAUAUUAUUUUGUGGUUAACUAAUUAAUUUAUAUGAUUUUUAUAUUCAUGUUUUCAAGUUAAAAUGAAGUUAAAGAAAAGAUAAUAAAAGGGAGGGAACUUGUUGGCUAGUUGACAAUUUGCAGUCAAACCUCUUCCUAGAGGGGACUGCUCGAGUAGGUAACUAACUAAGAGUAACUGUAAGCUGUGCUCAAGUGACACAAGGGCCCCACAUAAAACAUAUGUAUGGCACUUGUCUUCCACGUCACUGAGAGAGAAUCGGUGAAUGGAACAAGGUAUGAUCUAAUGUGUUGUGUUGGGGUAGACCACUUGUUUUCACAAUUUCAAGAGUAUCCAUGGAAACUAUUUAACUUCUUUUAUGCAAUAAAUCAUAUGCAGCCACAUGAUAGAUGGAGCUUCAAAGAUCAGUGACCCCAGAAGGUUCUUUUCCUAUUUUGAUUCCAUAAUUUUUCUACAUCGAAACAGUCAACAAAAAGUGUGGGGGAGAGCUGAUUGUUAAUGAAAUCUUCAUCAACAAUAACCAAGGAUCUUUAGUAACAUUUGACUAGAGAUUUCAGAUAAAAAUACCACAAGCUUCUAGAGGAAAGUGUAUCUCUUAUUGGUUGACGAGCAAGCCAUCAUCCAGAAUAUAGAGGGAUCCACUAAGAGACUUAUUGUGGUCUCUUUAGAGUGUUUUAUUUAUGAUAAGAGUCUCCUCUUGUAGUGCAGACUACAUGAUGAAGCUUCCUAUGUUAUGCUCAACCUUCAUCAAGCACCUCUUUGCUAGGUAAGAGCUAUUGGAAACCCAUCUUCAUCAACCUCCACUUUGCUAUGUGACAAUAGUUAGAGAUCUACUUCACCACCACUUGAACUUCACCCUUUAAGCUUCAUAUGAGAAUUCAAAGAGUGCCCACGCUAUGCACAUGCAAAGAGAGCCUUUAGGAAAAAGAUGGAUUUUUUAGGUCAAACACAAGGAAGCUAAAAAAAUUAGUUAGUUAUAUUUAUAAUUUUCUAUUAUAGGUUAAUUUUUAAGGAUUUUAAUUUCGAAAAUUAAUCAAAAUAAUUUUAAAACAAGAAAUUAGGAAUUAUAACAUCAGCAAACAUGAGCCACUGAAAAAUACCCCCGAAAUUCCAAUCGCUAGGAAUACGUCAAUUCAUAUUUCUCAAAAUCAAAGCCAAAUACUUCAAAAUAAAUUUUGAAUUCAGAAGAGAAAUUGUUCGUAACACAAUGUAGAACUAAAUCAAAUAUUUUAUAAAUUAAAAAUAAAGUUAAAAUCAUGCAAAGGUUCUAGUUUUAUGGAAGAAUGUGCAGAAUGGUCAUUGAUUAAAUUUCCACCUGAAUUCGAUCAAUUUGUGCUGGUGUAGUGCACCGAAUGGAUUCUUACAUGAUCUCCAAUCAAUAAAUGACAAUUUCAGCAAAUGUCACUUGUUGGAACCAAUUGACGGUGGUGGUUCAUUUCCGAGCAUGCCACGACAUCUAGAGAAGGAUCCUUAGAAGAAAUUCUUCACCGUAUGUAUUGGGUGAAGAAUGGGACAAGUUCACGAAUGAAGUUCAGAUUUUGUAGCGACUGAAUUAGGGAGAAAUCGAGAUGAAAUCCAUCAUUUGUAUCGGAUUGGAUGAUUUAGGUGAAUCAAGCAUUCGUCACCACUGGACGACAGAGAAAAUGAUUGUGGAGAGUGAUAGAUUGAUCAAAGAUGCCGCAUUCGUCCUCCCUCGAUGUUUUUUCAUCUUUGUGUAUGUUAAUUUUGUCAAUUUUAUCAAAUCAUCUAUCAUACUUCUUGCUAUAUUUGUGAUGUCUGUUCUUGAUGUGGAAAACCUAAAAAAAGAAAUUAGUCAUGUAUUUUAAUUUUAUUAUUAUUAUAUUAUUAUUUAUCAUAAUAAGCCUAGGAAAUUUCAGGAAAAAUUCAAAAAUAAAUGCAACGGACAUAGAAUCAUUUUAUAACAAUAGUAAUCAUUGGUAAAACCUAUCAAAAUAUUUCAUGGUCAAUUUUAUCAUGUAAUUUUUAGAAAUUAGUAGUAUAUCAUAUACACAAGUUUCAUAUCAUUUUUCCUAGAUUAAAAUAAUUUUAAAAUAUUUCUGUAAAAUUAAAUAAUAAAUUAUAAAAUAUAAAUAUUUUAUCAUCUAAUUAAUGAGAGUUAUCAACACCCAAAUUCUGGCAAUUGCCAUCAUGAUGUUGAAACUCUAUUUUAUUAUUUAAAUUCAUUUAAUCUUCAAAUUAAUGAUAGUUUUACCCAAAUUUACUGUUUGAAACUCAUCUUUGAUCAAUUAAGAUUCAUUUGGUGCUUUUAGAUUUUAAUUUCAUCAAUUGAUCCUACUAAAAUUAAUUUCAUAAUAAUCUACGAGUGAAACUCUAUUUUCCUCUAAAUCAUUGUUCUACUGAUCAUGACAUUUGCAUGUGACAUCAACAUCUGAUUUUUCUCUUUUUUUUCUAAUUUUAAAAUGACUUUCUUGCUAUCUUUCAUUCUAAAAAUUUUAUAAAUUUUUUUUUUGAGAAAAACUCUGAAAUUUUAUCUGAUAAUAUUAUAAAUCCUUGUGAUCAACUUAGAGAAUUCUUACUUUUCUUAGAGCUCUUAUUCUUGAUUUAAAAUUGAUAUAUUUAUAUAAAAAUAAUUUCAAAAAUAUAAGCAUUAAUAUUUUAUAAUUUUAGAAUUUUAAAUUUGAUUAAUUUAGAUUAAAAUUAUUAGGUCACAUUAGAAGUCGUUACUUUAUUUCUAGAUAUGUUAUAUUUUUCAUUUUAAUUGGACUAGAUUCUUAUUGGACCUAUUUAAAUAGAUAGGUUUUGGAUAUUGCCAAUAAUGCUUAAUAGCUACAAGUACUAGUUUAUUUAUGAUUAUCCAAACUCUUAGAGGACAUGUCAUAGUACUUUCUAACUAGUUGAAUAUUUACCUAAUUUUAAAUUUAAAUGUUGACAUAGAAUAACUUUGAUCUCAAAUAAUCAUGUCAAAUCCAGCACAUAUACUAUAAUGUUUUAACUAUUAUCUCACUAUCUUCUUUUGAGUAUUUAAAUUUUUUUUAAUGGCCAAAUUAUUUCUUCAAAAUAGUGUUACUUUCAUAAUUUUUAACAAGUAUCAAGGUGCAGAGGAAAUAAUAGUUUAGACUAUAGUCUUAAUUAUUAUUCUAGAUUUCAUAUCAUGAAUGUUAUACAUUAUCAUUGGAAUAACAUCUAAAUACUUGAAAGAACGAAAGUAAUUUCAUUAUUUUUCUAAUUCAUAUAUUUCAAUGAUGUUUGAAUAUUCACUCAUAAUAAGAUAUGUUUUAGAACCAUAAUCGUAAUUUGAUCCACUUAUCUUUCUUAUGUGUAUUUGUCAUCCUCCAAAUAUUAUUGUAUGGCAUUAAAGACUUAGACUUGUACUUGUUGAAAUUAAACUACUAUAAAUUUUUAUGUGAAUGUGUCAAUUAUUUCUAUAGUACUAUAAUUGUGUGAAAGAGAAGAAUUGUAAAAAAAAAAAGGUUAUUGAUUCACCCCUCCUUAUAUUGCACUGUCACUUCAUAGCCAGCAAAUCUUAUGCAGACUGAAAUGUCCCUUUUAUAUACAAUAUAAAGGGCCACUCAAGUGUCAUUUCCAGCAACAAGAAAAUAGUCCAUUAUAGUGACAUUAGUACACGACAUUAAACUCAAUAAAUCAUUCAUUAAUUCUAUAAAAAUUAUAAAAGUCCAAAAUAUUUAAAUUUUGAUGUAUUGUUUGUUGCAUAUUAUUCCUCCAUUGUAUGUUGUAUGAAACUUUCUUGCAUUCAAAAAUUCUUUUAAUCAUCUCAAGUAUGAAUAUAAUUCUUCCUUGAACAAAUUUCUCCUCAAAGAAGUAUCUUCAUUUAAUGUAAUGAGAGUCAAACCUAGCCAAUAACACGAGGUUACCAAACAUGCAUUACCAUACUCCCAUUUUCAUCAUCAAAACAUUUAAAGCUCCCAACUCUUAACAUAAUUUGCAUAAGAAUUGGGGGGCAUAAAUUCACCUUUUUCUAAUUGAUCUUAGACUCAUGGUUUGCUACCAAUUAGAACAUGGGCUUAUAGUGGUUUCAUAGAACUUGCCUACUCCAUUCUUUAAAGAUCUUGUGCAUACAUUUAUUUUAGUAGACGUACUAACACAGGCUUCAAGAAGCCUCUACUAGAUUUCAUUCUUCUAGAACACAAGUAUUUCCCAUAAACAUGUCUUCUAGAUUGACAAUGAAAGGGGGUCAAUAGUAUUAGUUAGUAGCUAGUGCUUUCUAGACUAACAAUCCUAGGUCAGCUAAAGUACUGCAAGUAUUUAAACAUAACUCAUGUAGAAAUAAAAGCUCUAACUGACAAAACAUGUAACUUUUGAUGGCAUGAAUUCGUCAAACUAAAGAUGUAGAAAGAUCUUCUCUUGUGAAAACAAUUGAAUGCCACAAAGAAAUGUGUUGAAUUCAAUCCUUUAAUGAAUUAUUAUCACUUGUUUUUUUAGGAAGAAUGAUAAGUCUGCUCAACUUUAGCGGUAAAAUAUGAUCUUUAAAUGGUUAACCAUGGAUUUCUUACUUUUUUAUGUAGAGCCAAUUUCCUUUCCUAAUGUUUAUGAAUACAAAUUAACUCAGUAUUACAAAGAAUAAAUAGAAAAAAAUUGACGAAAAUUAGAUCUAAUGGUUCAAAGAAAUUUUUAUAAGCUAAAGUAGACAUUUGAAAUGUAAUCUAGAUUAACAAAGAUGUUUGACUAAUUUUGUAAUAUAAGACUUUUUUUCUGAUUAUAUGUAUUUUAUUCAUAUUUAAGGCUAUUUUCUUGAUGUGUGACUCAACUAGUUGAUUUAGGAAACUCAUUAAAUUGAGCCCAUUCCCAAAAGUUUAGUCAACUAACUUCCUAACCAUCAAGAAGAUUACCCUACUGCAUUAGUCAACUCACUCACAAAUGGACUUGGCCAUUUCUCAUACCUAGUGAUUUAAGUCACUUCUCAGAAAGAAAGUAAAUAAAGAAUACGUGUACAUGCCAUGGGAAAUGGAUUUUGUUAUAUGAAACCAUUAUAUUAUCUGUAUUCCCAUAUAAGUAGGUAGUUUGACUCCAUUUUAAAAAACUGAAAGUGGUACUUUAGGUUAUGCACUCAUCAUCAUGAAAGUCAUACAGGACCUACGUAAGUGUCAUGAAAAUAUGUUGCCACUACUUUUUGAAUUAUUAACCUGAUUCAAUACUAAAAUUAACUAGUUUAGCAUUUAAUAUAUUCUCCAUCAUUAAAAUCUAAAGGCUCCACAUCCAACAUGUAACAUAUUUUUCUAUGGGGCUAUGAUUUUCAGUAAAGAGAGUUUGCCAUCCACAUAUUUUUCACAAUUAAAUUUUACACUGAAUGAUUAUUUUGCAAAAUUUUUUCCACUUAUUUAUAUAUAUGGAUACUCAUUCAAUGUGUUAAUGUGUACAUGGGACUGACGUGACUCAGUCGUUGUAUAUUAAAUCACGCAAAUAUAAAAUUUAUAAAACUAGAAAAUACGAAUUUUCGGAUAUUUAGAAAUAUUUCUAAAUAAAUAUAUCAAUUAUGAUUCAAUAAAACUUCCAAAAAUAGCGGUAAUUUUCCAGGUCAAUAGGGAUGUAAUAUAAUAUCUGGUAAUUAUUCAGAAUUUUUCUCAAUGAAUACGAUUUUCUAUGAAUUUUAUACUAGGAAAUAAAAAGGAAAUAUAUUUAAAAUUCACAAAAAAGAGAAAUAAGGGCGCGGGCGUCAGGAUGACGUCAGUGCCCGGCGAAUGCGAAUCGGGCGGAAACAGAGUUCCGCCUGGCAAUUCUUACGUAAGCGAUUACAGACGAUUUAAUUAAUCAAAUUAAGAUCUGUAAAAGCCGGAAGAAUUGUAAUAGAACAAAGUAUAUUUUGGUAAAUUAAAAUCACAAAGAAAUAUCACUAAAUGAAGUGUAAAGUAAGUUUAAAGUAGGAAAACAGAGUUCCGGCGUCGCGACGGCGAUGCGUCGGCGAUGCACCGGAAUCCUGAGCGUUCGGGAGGAUCAUCGUGCAGUGUCCACGGCCUCGAAGGCUCUCCUUGGACAAAGACGACGUGGGCAAUCUCUAGAUCUUCUCGCGAAGUCUAGAGAUCAAUGAAGUGGGUCGUCGAAUCGUCUCCGGCGGCUGUUACCCGGCGGAGCGGAAAAACGGCGACUUUGCGGCUCUCUGGCGGCUGUCACCCGACGGAGAGGAGCUGGAUGGAGGUGGGGCGCAUGUCAGGGAGCUUCAUCCUCAGGUCCGCGCAACAAGGGGAGGCUCUUCAUCGCAUCUGGUACGCUCUCAGGAGGUGGCGACUCGUCUCCCGACGGAUCGUCCUCUUCCCAACGACGGCUUGUUCGUCGAUCAAUCGGAGAUGA